CCUUCCAUAGUCUCUACGUAGAGGUCGUCGAUUUGUUUACUGUUUACAGGAAUGGAAAAGUGGACAAACGAAAAAACCUUAAAUUUCAUAAACGCGAUACAUCUGCGACCAGAGCUUUGGGACGUAGAAAGUAGUGUGUACAAAGACCGCAAUCUCAAAAAGGACAGUUGGCUAGCUGUUGCCGAUGACUACGGUAUCACGCCCGAUGAAGCCUACAAAAAAUUUCGUAGUCUUCGUACGUACGCAAAAUGCGAGGAGAAAAAGCACAGGAAGAGUGGAAGCAGUGGCGGGUCUACAUCCCCAUGGUUUGCGUACGAUGCCAUGAGUUUUAUACUGUCCCAAGACGUGCCUGAAACAGGAGCUGAUAGUGAAAACGCAACUGCAGAGACCCAGUUCAAGACGGAGUUUAUGUUGCUGGAUGAAGAAAGUGACAUGUUGGAACCAGAAAUACAAGCGGUACCGCUGAGGCAUAGCUACAGUGUGCAGAAGAAAGGAUCACACAGGGACAAGCUACAGGAGGCUGUCGAUAAAGCCGUCCACAUAGUUCAUCACACCUCGCGGAAACGCACCAAUCCAUCUGCGGCCUUCGGUGAACACGUGGCCAAUAAGUUGUUACGUUACAGUGACUUGAUAAGAUCUGAAGUCGAAUUCAAAAUUAGUGAAGUACUGUACAAAGCAGAUAUGAAGAUGCUUCGAAGUGAAAGUGGUCAGUCUGCGACGACUUUCUGUCCACCUUCGCCCGAAGUUGUUUUCAGUGACGGCUCAAAUUGACCGUCGCCUCAGUACGGCAUUUGGAAAGAACUGUGCAGUUACGAAUGGCAUACCACGAAGAAGUCGACGACAGGUCGGAGAUCUUCCCUGCUCCUUUCUCGAAAUGAAUCGUUUAUCCUUUGCUGACUGUGUGUCGGCUGUACUCAGUCGACUCUGUCACCUCCUCUGGCGAGAGGAUCCACCCCGUUCUCGUGGCACCUCUCUGUCGGUGGUGUGUAUCCUAUUAAGGGUGCCCAACUUGACUGCUUUGCGGUGAACAUUGACGAUUGACAACACCCUGCCUCUGCUGCUACUUGACAGCUUGUGAACAGCAGAUUUGUUUUGACAUUUUAUUUGAGGCUGCUCGACAGGUAUGGAAGUUGACUUCCAACCUCAGGACUGAAACUGAGAGGGGUCAGUGCACCACUCCUGCCUCAUUGGGUUUCCUUACCUUUUGACAUUUAUUAUCCCUCCUCCUGUUGCUUACCUGUUUGCCUUGCUGCCUGCCUCAGAUGGCACUUUCAAUUUGGCUGCCUGUCAUUUUCUUCUCCUGGAAAUCUUUUGGCUUUGAUUGUUGCAGGGAAAAACAGAAAUUAUCACCACGGCUUCUAGUCCCAUUACAACCUCCCCAAAAAUUUUAAUAAUUAAAUCAUUUAUUCAUGUAUGUACAGCAAAGCAGGGCAGAUGUAGACAUAUUUGCUGUUAUAAGAACUGCAGCAGCAAGUUAUAUUAUAAGUAUGUUGCUAGAUGUAUAAACUUUUUGUAAGAUUCAUCUCGUCAUCGUUGAGCUCGUAGUGAGCGACUUGCCAACCGUCCAUUUUUAAUUAAUUUAUUUUUUAUUAAUUUUUUAUUACAUAUUUUCUGUAAAUUCAUCGUUCUCUCUCUAUAGUUGUAAAUAAUAAAACAUUAAAAUAAA